CACACUUUCAUAUUUUACUUAAUUUUUUUUUUUUGUGGAUAUUACUUUCAUAUUUUACUUAGAUUCCACAAAAUAUAUUACAUAGUUGUGCAUAUAUACUUAAAAUUAUCAUAGAUAUGGAGAGAAAAACACAUGCACGCACCUUAGAGAUCACCGUUAUAUCUGGAGAAAACAUAUGCGUCGAUGAUCAAAGUCCAAUGGGAGAGAACGUGUACGUCGUCGUUCGGGCUGAGUCUCUUAACUCUUGCACCACCAAAAUGGUGAAGGAAGAUAAGGGUUUGCUUGCAUGGAACGAGAAAUUCUUGUUAGACAUUCCCAUGCAUGCAAGGUCAGUGACGUUUGAGGUGCAAUGCAAGAAGUACAAGGGAUCUCGUCCUAUUGGGGUAGCAAGGAUUGCACUUUCGGAUUUUCUUGGUGGCAGUGUCUCGGAAAAUUGCCUUCAGAUGUUGAGUUACAAUUUGAGGAAUUGGGAUGGAAAACGAAAUGGGGUUAUUCAUUUCUCAGUGAGAGUGAUAACACCAGAAGAUCGUUCAUGUUCAGAAACAAAAUCGGUACUGGGAAUAACUACGGUGAGUUCUAAUGGAUUUGAGCCUCAUGAGGUUAUGGGGUUUCAGGUGGACCAUAAGAAUUCAAGUCAUGUUGUCAUUGGCAUUCCAGUUUGGUGGAGUUACCCUAGCAAUAUUUGAUUUAUUUAUUUUUUAUUCUUUUCUUGAUAGAGAUAAAGUUAUGACUUUUUCUUUUAAUUUACUUUUUUUUUUUGGU